UGACAAAGUCACUGCUUGCUGGCUGUUUCUCUGGCCCAGUGGACUAGAAGUCCAGGUGCAUGGCCUUUUCCUUUUUCUAAGAGCCAACACUCUGGGUCAUCUGUGUCUUUGUCCCCUAAGAAGUGGAAACCCAGAGCUGUGUCCAUGGAGCCCUACCGGUCCCUGGCCCUGCUUGCUGGCUGUCUGGGCCUGAUUUUUUCACUGAUUGCUCUGAGCACUGACUUCUGGAUAGUGGCCACCGGCCCCAACUUCUCUGCCCACUCUGGCCUCUGGCCAACAAGCCCAGGGACUCAAGUAGCAGGUUAUAUCCACGUGACACAGGUCUGCUGUAUCCUGGCUGCCCUGUGGGGCCUGGUAUCCGUGAGCUUCCUGGUUCUGUCUUGUAUCCCAUCCCUGUCUGCUCCUGGCCGUGGCCCUAUGGUCUCAACUGUCUUGUCUUUUGCUGCAGCUCUCUCCAUCAUAGUGGCCAUGGCAGUGUACACCAGCGAGAGAUGGAGCCAGCCUCCAUCUCCCCAGGUCCAGACAUUCUUCUCCUGGUCCUUCUACCUAGGCUGGGGCUCCGCCAUCCCUUUCCUCUGUGCAGGCUGCCUGAGCCUGGGUGCUCACUGUAGAACCCGUCGGACUGAGUACGAAACCUUGUGAACAGAAGCCAAGGACAUCAGGGUCAGCAGGAUGUUUGGAGCCUUGUCCUCUCAGAAGCUAUAAAAGGAAGGCAGAAUUCUGUUUCUGUCCCUCCCACCUUGCCUUAUCCCUCAAUUGCUUUCUUCACACACUCAAUAAAAGCAUGCCGAGAUCUAA